AGUUCAGUUGACCUACCAAACCAAACCAAACCAAGCAAUAUGAAAUUCUUUGUGAUUGUCGCCGUUGCCUGCCUGCUGGUUGCUUCCGUUGCUGCCGAUAAGGACGAUAAGAUGUUGGGCUCCUCCUAUGGAGCUGCACCAGCAGCACCUUCCUACUCUGCACCAGCUGCACCUUCCUACUCUGCACCAGCACCAGCGCCAGUCUCCAUUCCCGCGCCACCGUGCCCAAAGAACUAUCUGUUCAGCUGCCAGCCCAACUUGGCCCCAGUGCCAUGCAGUCCCCCAGCUCCAAGCUAUGGAUCUGCCGGUGCCUAUUCCCAAUACGCUCCCGUCUACGCCGCCCGCCCCCUACAUUGGUAAAGAGUUGCAUCUCUGAACAUAUCUGAACAUACAAAAACGAAACAUACAUAAUAAAAAAAGAAACAACCGCAAUAAGAA